GGCGAACCUAAAGAGGAAACAAAAAUUUCCUGGAAACUACAGUACCUACCCACCUAGGUACUUUGGUACCCUACUGUUCUGUGAGGAACAUACGGGGCCCGGCCAAGUUUCCCCGACCCCGAUCAUGAGUGGCGGAUCCUUCCAAUUCUUACAGCAUGGGGAUCUGUUUUGCAGCCUGGGCGUUGCGUUGUUAACUCCUUCCAUUUUAUUCCCCUUUGCCCUUGAUUUAUGCCUGCUUGGGAUCUGCGACAUCCUUCAUUUCUUUUCUCUUCAUUUUCUAUCGUCUAGACUGUGCCGAGGUAGAAUACCUAACUUACCAAUAUUACAAAAAAUACCACUCUUCCCGCAAACCUGCCAUCUGAUUUGUCUCCAUCCCAUCUGAUUUCUCUCAUCUCCUACUUUCCUCUUUGGUCUUAUUGACUAUUGAAAUCACAUCAGUAAGGCUUCAGACUUUGGACGACAGAUGAUCGAAUCGGGAUAAACACGCCACUGUAUCCUAUCCUGCCUACUAAAACCAGGGCCUUUUGGGUCGCCCUUGUUGGCAUAAUGCUCAACUCCCUCCCCAAUGUCUACGCCCUAGGGCUUGCGGCAAUAUUCCUUGCCGCCGUCUACAUCUACAGAGAUGUCCGGUGGCGCCGGUUUUCUCAACACGCUGAUUUACCACAGCUCAAGCCUUCGUUGGUCUGGGGUCACCUAAAAGCUCUUGGUGAGAGACUCCGCGAGAAACCAGCUGGAAUUCACCAUGACUACGUCUUUUCAGAAAUCGGCCAGGAGUUGGGUAACCCACCCAUGUUCAACUUUGACAUGAGGCCCCUCGCCCGACCCAUGGUUGUGAUCGCCAAUCAUGAACUUGCCGAGCAGGCUAGUCGCGCAUCCAAGACUUUUCCGUGGUCGACCAACAAGUCGCCUACUAUGCAUGAGAUCGCGCCGCUCAUCGGAGAAAGCUCAUUGUUGGGGAAGGAGGGUGAGGAAUGGAAGGCUCUGAGGCGGAGGUUCAACCCAGGGUUCGCGCCCAAGCACCUCCUCAGCCUGCUCCCUUGCAUCCUGGAUAAGACACAGUACUUUAUCGACCACCUCGACCGUCUAGCUAGGUCGGGAGACGAGUUCCUGUUCAACGAGCUUACAACCAACCUCACCUUUGACAUUAUCGGCGCCGUUGUUCUCGAUGUCGAUCUCGAUGCCCAGAGGGGUAAGAGCGAGCUGGUUAACGCCUUUCAGGCCAUGACCAAGACCUUCCUGAAUCCCUCGCCUCCUGGUUUUGCCAGGUUCUUCCUGCGUCAAAAGUUCAUACGUUGGCGACUCCGCAAGCGCAUGGAAACUGUUCUCAGACGAUACAUUAUAGAUUGCCAUGAAAAGCAGAAUCAAGCGCAAGGGAGCAUCGGCCGGUCACGCAGUGUUCUGUCGCUCAGCUUGGAGGGCUUGGAAACACUAGAUGAACCUCUGAUUUCCAUGAUAGGCGACCAGAUGAAAACCUUCUUAUUCGCGGGCCACGAUACCACCAGUAUAGCACUCCAGUGGGCCAUGUACGAGCUCGCGCGCACGCCGCGGGCCCUUGCAGCCAUCCGGGCCGAGCUAGAUGAAAUCUUUGGACCAGAUACGGAUCCUGCCACCGUGAGGGACCAGCUCCUGGGCCCCUCUCGCGAGGAGCUCUAUGCCCGCUUGCAAUACACCUCGGCUGUCAUGAAGGAGACGCUUCGCCUUUACCCGCCUGCUGGAAGUGGUAGGUACGCCCCCAAGGGCAGCAACUUCCGCUUCACGAUGCCCAACGGCCAAGGCAUGUCCCCCGUCAUGGACGACAAGAUUCUGUAUCUUUGUCACUACCUGAUACAACGCGACCCAGCAGUUUACGGCGAGACGGCCAACAUCUUUGAGCCUGAACGAUGGCUCGGAAACACGGAUACAUCAAUGGCUAGUGGCGGAGACCUGAAUGAAGCCGCCCCCGGCCAAGCGGGAGAGAAGCACGCCAUCCCGGCCUCGGCCUGGAGGCCAUUCGAGCGUGGUCAGAGGAACUGUAUAGGACAGGAGCUUGCCAACAUCGAGAUGAGGGUCAUCCUCGCUUGCACUGUGCGCAAGUUCGACUUUGAGAAAGUUGGUAUGGGCGAACUUUUCAGGGACGAGAAGGGCAACUAUGUGAUGGAUGCGUACGGGCAGUAUAAGACUGUCAACAGGCUCUACAACGCAUCUAAAAUCACCGCACAGCCGGCGGACGGGUGCAGAAUGAGAGUAAGGCUGAGUGAUAAGGCCCAAGCUGCUAGCCGAGCUUAAAAGCUUGUCUUUCGCCUUCUUUACCUACAAAUAUAACAAAAACUUAAUACUAAACUGUCCAAG